AUGUCCUCUUCCUCCCCACCGGGCAGAUUGCAAGUGCGGCGGAUAUCAAGCAGGGAGAAUGGGAUGGAAAGCGCCUCGGAAGGACAGGAGGCGCACCGAGAAGUGGCGGGGGGCGCGGGCGGCUGGGCUGAGCCCCCGGCUCCAGCCCCUUUCCCUCUGGAGCCGGGGGACGCCGCGGCUGCCUCCAGGGUAAGCCGGGAGGAAGGGACAGCGGCAGCCGGAGCGGCAGAUCAGGUACAACUCCACUCGGAACUUCUGGGCAGGCACCAGCACACAGCCGCCCGCAGGCCCCCGCUGGCCUUCUCGCCGGACCACGUCGCCUGUGUGUGCGAGGCGUUGCAGCAGGGGGGCAACUUGGACCGCCUGGCCCGGUUCCUGUGGUCCCUGCCCCAGAGCGACCUGCUACGUGGCAACGAGAGCCUGCUGAAGGCGCGAGCGCUCGUGGCCUUCCACCAGGGCAUCUACCCUGAGUUGUACAGCAUCCUCGAGAGCCCCAGCUUCGAGUCGGCCAACCAUCCGCUGCUGCAGCAGCUCUGGUACAAGGCGCGCCUAACCGAGGCCGAGAGAGCGCGCGGCCGGCCGCUGGGCGCCGUGGACAAAUACCGGCUGCGCAGAAAUUCCCCUUGCCCCGCACCAUCUGGGACGAGGCGAGGAGACGUGUAUUGUUUCAAGGAGAAGUCGCGCAACGCGCUCAGGAGCUCUAAAAACAGAAUCGCUACCCCCUCGCCCGCCGAGAAGCGGCACCUAGCCAAGAUCACCGGCCUCUCUCUCACCCAGGUCAGCAACUGGUUCAAGAACCGGCGGCAGCGCGACCGGAAUCCCUCCGAGACCCAGUCCAAAAGUGAAUCAGAUGGCAACCCCAGCACUGAAGACGAAUCCAGCAAGGGACACGAGGAUUUGUCUCCUCACCCACUUUCGGGUGCAUCUGACGCCGUCACCAACCUCAGCCUUUCCAGCCACAUAGAGCCAGUAUAUACAUGCAACAAUUGGAAAUGCUAAGAUAUCAACUAAGCUCUUUCUGGAGUUUUGUUGAAUGGAAGCUUGGUACCUGCAAGUACUUCACCUGUCUUCCUUAAUGGCAAUUCUUUUAUUCAGGGACACAAUGGAGUUCUCCUUAAUGGACUGAAUGUGGGAAAUACACAGACAGUAUCACUGAACCCACCAAAAAUGUCUUCAAACAUUGUGAGCAAUGGCGUAGCCAUGACGGACAUCCUGGGGUCCACCUCCCAGGAUGUGAAGGAAUUCAAAGUCCUCCAGAGUUCUGCUGUGAACUCAGCCGCCACCAGCUCCUACAGCCCUAGCGCCCCCGUGUCAUUCCCAGGGCUGAUACCCUGCACUGAGGUGAAAAGAGAAGGCGUCCAGACAGUGGCCUCCCAGGAUGGGGGCUCUGUGGUGACUUUUACUACACCAGUGCAAAUUAACCAGUACGGCAUUGUCCCAGAUCCCAUUCCGGGAGCAAACGGCCAGUUCCUUAAUGGGAGCCUUGGAUUCUCUCCGCUGCAGCUGCCUCCUGUCUCGGGUAGCAGCUUCACAAGCUAUUGGGGAAAUGCUGCAUAUGUUGUUAUUUAUGACUCUGCCAAAACAGUAAUUUUGUGCUUAUGUCUGCUAGUAAACAGUUUCACUGACACCCAAAGCAAACCCUGCAAAAUGGAGAAGAGAGAUGAUGGAAGAAGAGAGAGGAGAAUGGAAGAGAGAGAAGAUGAGGAGACGGAGAGGACGGAGUGCAAACGAAAGAGGAGAGAGAGGGGUAGUAAUGGGAUGAGCCAGAUUAGAGAGAGAGACAGAGAGAUGCAGUGGUCCUACACUGUUCCUAAUUCAGGCCAGACUGUAGGAGCUGUGAAACAGGAAGGAUAGGAAGAGGCCGUUUUGGUUUUUCUCCGGCUUAUGCCUGUCAAUCACAAUACACAAGUAAACGCAAGCCUGUCCUCUGAGGAUAUCUCUGGGAGUGGCCUCCAUCCCCUAGGCUCUUCGCUGGUUAAUGUGUCCCCAGCUCACAGUUUUUCCCUGUCUCCCCCUACACUACUAAAUCCCACUGAGCUAAACCCUGACCUUGCUGAGAGCCGGCCAAUGUCUGCACCUGUGGCAAGCAAAUCUACUGUGACCUCUGUCAGCAACACUAACUAUGCAACCCUUCAGAACUGUUCCCUUAUUACCGGUCAAGACCUAUUGUCGGUCCCCAUGACUCAGGCUGCCCUGGGGGAAAUUGUUCCUGCCCCCGAAGAGCCCGUGAGUCAUUCCUCGCCAGCAGUACACCAGGAUUUUGUCAGAGAACAUCGCUUGGUCCUGCAGUCGGUAGCUAACAUGAAAGAGAAUUUCUUACAAAAUUCUGAGAACAAAACAACAAACAACUUAAUGAUGUUGGACUCCAAAUCCAAGUAUGUCCUGGAUGGCAUGGUUGAAACUGUCUGUGAAGAGCUGGGAACGGACAAGAAAGAGCUGGCCAAGCUCCAAACCGUCCAGUUGGACGAAGAUAUGCAAGACUUAUAA